CAUAGGGUUUUCAGGGGAGACCGGAGGGGGAUCCGUUGUCUCUAAUAGAGCUAAAGGGAGGUCCAUAGAAAAUGUACUGCCAAAUAGCCGUCAACGAGGGAGGAACUUACAGAGCCCUAUGGGGAAUCAGAUACAUUUCUAUGUUGGCAUAACCAAAAUCCUCCGACGUUGAAUAUGCAGAUAGAGGGUUGAAUAUGUUAAACAUUGGCCAAACUUCGCUUCAAAGAAUUGACAUUCUAGAAUUAUUCACCUCCACAACCAAAUGCGCAUAAUUUAUUGAACAAAUAUUAAGCGUUUUUACGCGAACGUUUUAUUUUUCUAAGAUACUUUUUGGCGCCACUACCAAGUUAAGGGUAACAUGAUUUGUUUCUGCUUUUAUUUAAACACCGAGCUUGUAGGUUUAGUAUUACUACUUUAGAUUAAAACUGACCUUUUUGAAACCUUUACUCCUCUAGUCGACAUGAGAUCAUAGUAGAAAUGCUUGGAACAGCCAGAGCUCGUCGGGAAACAACCGCCCUGCCGACGAAUAUAUACGGCUAUGAGGAAGCGCAAACAAAUGGAGAUCGUUUCUACAUUGCGGCUAUGUUUGAAAAACGAAAACUCCCUGCUGAGUUCGUUCUUGGAAACGGAAAAACAUACGGCUAUUAUAAGAAUGUCCCUCUUAAACCAGGGACGCGAUACAAUGUGUAUGUAAGAGGAGUCACCGAACGUGACGGGAAGUGGCUUUACGGAGAACCAGCUGCUCUCAGUCAGCUGGAAACUGAGGAGUCGCCAGUCGACAGUCGCCAGUCGCCAGUCGUUAAGGAAGGUGACAAUAUGGUUGGUGUAGUCGCUGGUGUUCUGGGAGCGCUGAUACUUAUCGCGACUGCCAUCAUAGCAUUUCUUCUGUAUCAAAGAUCCAACAGGCCACCCAAUGCUAACCAUAAUGUGGAAAGUCAGAACGAGGAGUUUGAAAUGAGGUCCUCCAGUACGUAACAAAAUGCAGUGUUUUAAACAUGUGCAUCCCCAUGUGAGAUAACAAAUAAGGCAAUAAAGUAAAGCAAGAUAUAUUCUUAGAGGGAAAUGCAAAAGCAAAGGAGACAUAGCUGUUUCCAUCGUUUCGUCGUCGAAAUAAGUAGAAUUUGCUUGGUAAUUGUGGGUAUGUGUUUAGUUGUAGGAAUCUAAUAGCAAGUCAACAAUAUCAAGACAAGAGUGGAAUCCUCUUUGAACUGGUCCAGUUACAGACUGCUCAGUUGUUACAUUAUUAAAAAAAAAAAAAAGAAUAGCGAUAAAAUCAAAGAACUAAAAAUACGAAAUCUGCACAAAGCUUUUUGUAGAUUUUGUUUGGUUCCAAAAAACUUCCCCUUUAAAAAUAGAGUUUAUAAUAACGAUUCUCUCAUUGCAAUGUAUUCUGUGUGACUAUUCACUUCGUUGCCGUUCCAAUAUCAAAUUUUGGUUAAAUAAUAUUUGUUAUUGCU